AUGGAUAGCAAAAGCUUUGGAAAGUUGCCGGAAACGGCCAACACGGCAAGUGUACAGCCGUACUCGAUCCAAAUUCCCAAACACGAUGUGGCUCAGAUGCAGCAACUUGUUAAAAUGUCACCGAUUGCUUCAGCCUGCUAUGAAAACUCGCUGCCAAACGGCGAUAACAGUUAUGGACUCGGAAGAGAUUGGCUCGUUGCGGCCAAGGAACGCUGGGCAAACUCCUUUGACUGGAACAAGACUGAGGCCAGGCUCAAUGGGUACAAUCACUUCAUCGCCAAGGUGGCCGACGAGCAGCUGGGACAGACAUUCGACAUACACUUUGUCGCGUUGUUUUCCCAGGCUCGUCAGCCUGUGAAGCCGAUCAUUCUGCUCCACGGCUGGCCCGGCUCUUUUCUCGAGUUUCUGUCGAUGCUGGACCUGCUCAAGGACAAGUAUUCGCCCGAGGACCUGCCGUACCACAUCGUCGUACCGUCCCUGCCCGGCUACUUGUUUUCAUCAGCCCCGCCGCUGGAUCGGGACUUUGGCCUGAGGGACGUCGCGCGCCUGAUGGACAGCUUGAUGGUGGAACACCUCGGGUUUGGCGAGUCUGGGUACAUUGCCCAGGGCGGCGACGUCGGCUCGCGCGUCUGCCGCGUCCUGGCCGCCAAGUACGAUCGCUGCCUGGGGACUCUGCUCAACUACAACCGCAUUGGCAAGCCCGAAGGGUCGGCUGGGCCAGAGGCCUUGUCGGAGGAAGAGAAGGCAGGGCUGGAGCGGUGUAAAUGGUUCGACAGCGUGGGGACAGCAUACGCCAUGGCCCACGCGACGCGGCCGAGCACCAUGGGGCUGGUCCUCUCAUCCAGCCCCAUUGCGCUGCUGGCCUGGGUCGGGGAGAAGUUUGUGGACUGGUCCGACCCCAAAUCCUACCCGCCCGAGGAGGGCACGGGGUACAGCACCGAUCUCAUGGACGAGGUCCUGCUGUCGGCGUCGCUGUACUGGCUCACGGGGACGCCGCCCCGCUGCCUGUACAGCUACAGGGAGACGUACGACGUCGGCUCGGGCAAGAAGAAGUGGCACGAACUCCCCGAUUACCACAUUCGCGCGCCCAAGAAGUUUGGCUUCACCUGGUUCCCGCUCGACCUGGCGCCGAUCCCCAAGUCGUGGAUCGAGACCACGGGCGACCUCGUCUGGUUCCGUCGGCACGAGGUUGGCGGUCACUUUGCGGCCAUGGAGCAGCCUGUGGCGCUGCUUGGGGAUGUGGAGGAGUUCUGUAAGCUUUUUGGGUAA